AUGUCAGUACGAGCAUCUUCCAGCGAUGCCGAUGUCACCACCAGCUCCUUGAGCGAAGUGGCCGCCUUAGACAAGCUCAUAGACUUGCUGAGAGGGGCGAAUGGGCACCAGCAGCUCACACAGCUGGUGGCUGAGAACCUGCUCGCCUUCGACCAGAAGUUCUGGAUCCGGCUAGCUAGCCGUUCCGAUACAGCGCAGAGCACCGCGGAGAAGGAGAAUCUCACCAACCUUGCAAACACGGUGAUGAAGAUCGUGGACGCAAUAGUGAAGAAGACCAACAACGAGCUGGCAGACUCGGGGCGCAUGCUGCAGGAGAUUUUGGCGGCCGGCGCAAAUGAGCGCGGCGAGUGGGAACUCCCCCUGCCGGCCGACCGCGUGGCCGCCAUGCGCGCUGCGCUCGAUGCUCGCGCAGAGCAUCUGAAUGAGGCGCUGCUGUCAAAUGCGUUCGCGUGGAUGCGAAAGGCCUCAGAGGACAGCUUGGAUGGGAUGGUUGCGCUGCUGCAGAAGGUGCUGCAGCUGUAUGCGGGCAAGGUGCUGUCGGCCGCGGGAACGCCCCAGGACGGAGACGCCGCUGAGUCAGCGUUGCGGCGCCUCAUCGCGGCUGAGGAGGAGCAGGCAUGGCUGCUGCAGGUUGGGGAGGAGGCCAUGCUGGCGGCCUUGAGGAAAAAGAUGGAGCUGCUAGUGCUGUCAUUGCCAUCAGGGUCAUACGCGCAGCGGGUGCAGGCUGAGUACCUGAAGGAGUUGGAAACAAGAAUACAGGCAGCAUUUCAGGCCGCAAAUGCUUCCUGA